ACCUUUAAAAAGAUUGGCAAAAAAAACAAUAAACAAUAAACAAAACAAAACUUGUAAUAUUAACAAGUUUGUAAGCAGUUUCUCUUUUUUUUUCCUUCGACUGCAGCAGAAUUUUGAACCAUCCACCUCAAAAAAUGAGUACACUGGCGGAAAAAAAUUUCAACAUAAAGCAAAUUGAUGUAAACUUGCAUAAUCGGCACUGCAUUAUACUGUUCCAACUCUCGAGUCAAAUGUUUCAAUAAUUAACAACCAUGGACUUGAGGAGUGUCUCCAUCCAUAAAUAGUAAGCUCCAAAGUCAAUCUCUCCCUACUUUGUCAUGUCCUUCCAUCCACCAUUUUUUCCAAUCAUUUUGACCAUAUUACCAUUGACCAUUGAAUUUGAAUGUUCGUCGUAUAUAUAAAAUAGUGAUGAAAGUAGCACCCAUAAGUUGUACUUUCUUCCUCCCCGUAUAUAUAGUUUUGAACACAUUCAGAAUUUCAGAUGCUAUCAGCUUGCUUCUGCUGCAUCCAUGGCAAAUUUGUAUUUUCUAUAUAGUCAUAUUGGACUCAUAAUCUUCUUCCUUCCUUGUUUUCUAUCUUGUCCCGAUCAAAAGUCGGCCCUCCUCCUCUUCAAAGCCUCUCUUGUCUCCACUACGACGUCUCCCGAUAGCUCCAUCCCUAUCUUCUCCUCUUUGGACUCAUGGAACUCGACUUCAGAUUGCUGCCAUUGGGACAGAGUUGUCUGCUCUUCUUCGGAUUCUCGCUUGAGGAUGGUUCAAGGUCUCAAUCUUUACUCUCUUGCUUCGAGGAUUGUUGAUGAUCCAUUGCCACUUGAUGGUAAGGCAUUGAUGCCACUUUUCAGCAUUAGAAGCUUGAUGUUACUCGAUUUGUCUUCAAACUUCUUUGAGGGCGGAAUCUCAGGAGUCGGGUUUGGUAAUCUAAGUAAGAUGGUUUUUCUUAAUCUAAUGCAGAAUAAGUUCAGUGGUUCAAUUCCUCCACAGUUGUAUCGUCUGCGAUACCUUCAAUAUCUCGACAUGAGCAGCAAUUUGCUCAGUGGAGCUCUAACUUCAGAAGUGAGGUUUCUUGGGAACUUGAGAGUGUUGAAGUUGGAUAGCAAUUCUCUUAGCGGAAAACUUCCCGAGGAAAUCGGCAACCUAAAAAUGUUGCAGAAACUGAUCAUUCGUGGCAAUAACUUCGUAGGCCAAAUCCCAACCUCCAUUGUCAAUCUAAAAUCUUUAGAGACACUGGAUAUGAGGGACAAUAAAUUUACAAUGGGGAUUCCUUCGGAUAUUGGCAGUCUGUCCAACUUAAUGUAUUUGGCCUUGAGCAAAAACAAACUAACUGGCACAAUUCCAACAUCGAUACAACACAUGGAAAAGUUGGAACAGUUGGAAUUGGAAAACAACUUACUUGGAGGGCAUGUGCCAAUAUGGUUGUUCGAUAUGAAAGGGCUGGUAGGCUUGCUGAUUGGAGGCAAUUUGAUGACUUGGAACAACAGUGUUAAAAGCGUAAAACCAAAGCACAUGCUUUCUCGACUAUCGUUAAAGUCUUGUGGGCUCAUAGGAGAGGUCCCAGAAUGGAUUUCUUCACAGAAGACUCUGAAUUUCUUGGAUUUGAGUAAGAACAAGCUAGAAGGAACUUUUCCUCUAUGGCUGGCUGAAAUGGCUCUUGGUUCCAUUAUUCUCUCAGACAACCAGCUUUCGGGUUCUCUUCCUCCUCGUCUCUUUGAGUCACUAAAUCUGUCUGUGCUUGACCUGUCUAGGAACAACUUUUCUGGAGAACUGCCUGAAAAUAUUGGUAACGCUAAUACUAUUAUGCUGCUAAUAUUAUCUGACAAUAAUUUUUCUGGUGAAGUUCCAAAAUCCAUCUCGAAGAUUCAUCGCCUACUGCUGCUGGACUUAUCGAGGAACAAGCUAUCUGGGAAUACAUUCCCAGUUUUUGAUCCAGAUGCAUUUCUUGCAGUCAUAGACUACUCCUCAAAUGACUUCUCGGGUGAGAUUCCAACAACCUUCCCUCAACAAACUAGGAUUCUUUUAUUAAGCAAUAAUAGAUUUUCUGGUAGCUUGCCCAAGAACUUAACUAACUGGACCUUGCUCGAGCACCUAGAUCUCCAUAACAACAAUAUCUCUGGUGAAUUGCCCGAAUUUCUUUCCAAACUCUCCACACUUCGAGUUCUGAUUUUGAGAAACAACUCCUUCACAGGUCCAAUCCCAAAAGGCAUCUCUAAGCUCAGUAUCCUACAUAUCCUUGAUCUCUCCAGCAACGAUUUGGUUGGAGGAAUACCAACUGAGAUAGGGCAACUAAUGGGAAAGGUCGUCGAGAGUCCCGAGAUACCAAACUUGUCAGGGAACCAUCUUAGCGGAGAGAUUCCAGUAUCAAUUGGUAAUCUGAAGGCCAUAAAGCUUCUCAACCUAGCAUACAACAACCUGUCUGGCAAUAUACCAUCAAGUGUGGGUAAAUUAGAAAAUGUGGAGACCUUGGACUUGUCUCACAACAAGCUCUCAGGCUCGAUCCCAGAAUCAUUAGCCAAGCUGCAUCAAUUGACGGUUCUCGACGUGAGCAACAACAAGCUCACAGGCAGGAUUCCAGUUGGGUGUCAGAUGGACACCAUGAACACUCUGAGCUACUAUGCCAUAACAGCGGGUUAUGUGGAAUUCAAAUCCAGCAGCCAUGUCCAGAACAGGAGCAACCAACAAAACCAAUAGAGGAGGAAGAAGAGCAACAAGUGUUUUCCUGGAUAGGAGCAGGAAUUGGGUUCCCAGUUGGCUUUGCGUUUACAAUGCUAAUUGUAUACAUGUGUGGGUAUUUCAGUCCACUAACACCACGUAGACGCAUCAUUGGCAGGACAUG